AUGGUUAUCCUAGUCGGGCUUGCGGCCUUGACUUUAUAUGACGGCUCCUUCCGUCAAUGCGAAGCAGAUCCCAUGGUUUAUGCCAGGGUGGAUGAGAGUUAUACUUCGUGGUACCCAUAUCAUCGGGAGACCGGUGAAGUGGUGAGGUUGCCGGUUGGGCUGGGCCGAGUGUUAGCUCGUGGUAUACGAGCAGGUGGAGCCGCUAAGAGGGCGGGAUACCUGCUCACAAAAUUCGAACAUGUCAAAGACUUUGGUAAAAACGGAGGGAACUACGGUGUGUGGAUUAACAAACUGGAGAGAUUAUGGUAA